AUGCCGACCCAUUCUCGGAAAUCGUCUGGAGGAGCAUCACAACACCACACCACCCAGCGGCGCAACUCUUUGUCGCAGAGCACGCCCCCCAGCAAGCCCACCCACGCCCGCACCAACACGGCCCCGGAGCCGCCUACGCUCUUGCGCCUGCCGUCUGUCAGCUCCACCGCCGCCCGCCGACCCCCAGCCUCGCACAGCGGCCAUGGCAUAGACAACUCGCGCGGCCCUCCUGUCACCCUCGUUACACGCAGCCGCAGCUCGCAGAACCCCGCCGACUUUGCCUAUGCGCAGCAGCAGUUCCUCCAUUCCGGCCUGGUUUCCCCCACUAGCUCCCACCAAGGAACAUCCGCCAGUGAAGCCCCGCGACCACCACCACAACAAACGAGUACUACAGACCCGGCCACCCGCCCCAGACCCCACCCCCGACGAGCCUCUACCAGCAGUGCGAGGCCCCCACCGCGACGAAUGGCGAGCUCCACCGACGAGUCGUCCGAAUACGACUCUGGUCCCCGCAGCCGCAUGGAGGACUACCACGCGGCGCAUAGCGGAAGGGGAGCGCCUGCGCCGGCGACGCCAGGAACAGACGGCGACAAGGAGGACCUGUUUCUGAACAUCGCCGCCGACAGUGCGCCCAAGCCGCCGCGCCCAGAAAACUCGACAGCGCGCGCCCAGUUGAAGUCACGAGUCGCCCGCGUCAACAACCGGCAGUCGCUGCCAUCCGCCCUGCAGUCGCCCUCGCCCGUCCAGGUCCAGUCGAGCUCAGUCACACCAACCACGAGCCGGAUACCCUCCAGCGCCGCACUCGAAGCCAGGUCCAGCGGCAUACGCCGGUCAUCACUCCUACCCACCCCCUCCAGAUACGAGCGGUCGCCAAACUCGCCUGCACCCGAAGCCAUACGCACCCGCGACCUCAACCACAAAGCCUCCUUCAGCUCCGUACGACGCGACUCGGAGCUCUCACCGCGCGACUUCCUAGCCCAGUUCUCAAACUCAUCGAGACGAGGAUCUCAGCCUGAGGUGCAGCAAACCCCGCCCAGUCGCACCCCGGUUCACCCCUACAGGCCGUCAAACCUCUCACACGAGCCACGCACGCCACAGGUGGAGACAUCUUUCGAAGCUGGCUCGCGCGCCGACGGUACCGAAUCACAUGGCUCUACAGGGCCGGCCGCAUCUGUGUGGGACGAGCUAGACGAGCUCAAAUCCAGGAUACGGAAGAUCGAGAUGGGCGGCAAGAUCCCUUCGACAUCGGGUGCCAUUGUAAAUCAAGCAUCGGCUGAGCGCCCGCGGACGGCCAACACCUCAGCUACGACAGUCUCUUCUUCACCGAAUCAGCAGCGAAAGUCGAAUCCAUCGCCUGCCGAGUCGACAGUAGGCACUUACACUCCCAAUAACAACAAAACUCAUCCUCUGUUGCGCGAAGCUCUCGGUAAAGCUAGACAGUACGUCUCCCCAACUAUCUACCGCAACCUGGAAGCGACUGCAACCGAAGCACUUGCGCUGGCAGAGAUGAGCGGCAGUGCAGGACCGCAGGGCACCCUCCAUUCUGCUAGCUCCAUCAUCAAUGGCUCUGUCGUCUCAGACCGCCAGGUUCGUCGCAAAGCCGACAACCUCUGUCGCAGUCUCACCGAGCUCUGCAUAGCUCUGUGCGACACCAAGACUGGUCUUGCUAGUCCAGCCUUCCGAUCAAACACAGCUACGUUAUCACGUCGGCCGAGCGUACAGAUCAAUGGCGAUUCGCCGACUAUCCGACAGAGCAUCGAACCCGAAAGCAACACAUUAUCUGGCGUCAGUCCCAGUAGAGCCAUGUCACGCAUCGAGGCUCGGAGAACCAGCAUGCUUAUCGAUGACUCCGGCCGCAGCCAAAGAGGAGGCAGCCAGGAACCUUACGACGAUAGACACACUCCGUCACGCAUGCAACGAGCAGGCACCAGUCUCCACCAGACACGCAACAGUGUGGACGAAGAAGACGAAGAUCCAAUCUUCCGUGCGCCUUCCCGUGCGAUGACUUCAAUCGACUUUAGAGCCCGUCACGGUGGUCAGUCAGAUCAAAAACGGUUCACCGGUGGCAGACAAUACACCUCCCGCGAACCAAUGCCCGAUCUACAACCAUCACCAGCUCUUCAAACCACUGCCAGUCUCCGUCGACCCAGUGUCUCAAGUAGUACGCCCUCUAACGAGCAUAGCCUAUUGUUCCGGGACGGCCAGAGCCGCUACGGUCACAAUCUAGGUCGCGAGGGCUCGCCAGCCAACUACGAGAAGACCUUGACGGGAGGUCUACGACCGAGAGCGCAAUUGAGCGUUGCCCGGAAUCCAAACAACAGACACUCGGUCGGUGGAGUUUCGGACAUUGGACGCAGCGUGAGCCUGGGCAGAAGACUAAGGGGAACAAGUAUCGGAGAGUGAGCAAAGCAAAGCUCUCGCAUUACUUUGAGCUUGCGUUAACGUUUGACGUUACCCUCAUAGUAUGCCCAGUCUCCUCUUCGGUCCACGCGCAAUGAACCCGCGCCUCUCAUACUUGAGACCGGAUUCGCCAUGGGCACACCAACAGAGGCGCGCCGUAUAAUACGGUGCCACUACUGAGAGUUAGACACGGACGCACAUGGGAAUAUGUUAGAAGCAAGCAUCUGCGUCAUCCAGCCUUGCGAGGCAUAAGAAGUCUGUGCAAUUUACCACGAAGGAGUUUCUACAAAACAUUGUGAGAGAAAGAGCGUUUCUCACGACUUUGCAUCUUUUUGCCAUCAGCUACGGAGCAUUUGUUUAUCAGCGUUUCUUGCACGUAAGGGAACAAGCGUGUGGGCGCAGGAUCGAUUCACCGUCAUCUCAUGAUCUUUUUGU